AUGAUGGAGUCAUCAAUGUUGAGGGAAGAAGAGGUCGAGAUAUUAGAGUUAAAGUUACGUGACCCUGUAACAGGUAUAAUUCCAAAGUUGAAUGGAGAGGAUAUUAUAAAGGCAGUGGACGUUGUGGAUUGGUUGAGCAAUGGAAUGCAGGUCACAAAGGUCAAGGCAGAGGAAUACGCACAGAUGUUGUGGAAUCGUGGAGUGUUUGAUCAUAUCGCUCCGCCAAAUGCAUUUGCCGACGACAAUCAAUUGUUCCGUCUAAAGCUCAACGAGAACCUACUCAACAAGAAGAUAACACCAGGCGAUGAGCAACAAUGGACACAACUCAAACAGGAUGCUGCCUCAAAGGAUUCAUCCAAUGCCGAUCCAAUUGUCAAAUUACACAAGUCUAUUGAGAAUGCCACCAAGGUAUAUCAGAGACUGCUUAGAGAGAAGAACCAGGCGGCCACGCCUAAUACACAGCUGGCAUUGAAGCUGCUGGAUCAAACAUUGGCAUUGAUCACAUCGAGCUCGAGUGGCUCACACAAUGCCUACUUCAAUCAUAUUAUGGGUCUGCUUCAGAACCCUUCGUCUUUCAUAAAUGGUGUGCCAGGCGACGAUGACGACAAGUACAUCUCGGUGCCCUACCCCAAGAAGCUGCCAGCCAUCCCCGAAAACAAACAACAUCAACAAGGACAGGAUGGCGAGCAGGGCGCUGAGGUUGAGGACAUUCUGGCCGUGUCUGAGCGCUUGGAGAGCGGACUGCUAGAGCAGUUGAACCUGGCGCAUCAGCAGACUACCCUGUUGAAGCAGCUCAAGACGAUGCGACUGGCCAACAGCCCGGCCAACGGCAGCGGCGACCCAACCAAACAGACUAGCGCACUCUACCCCAACGGCAUUGACGAGUCGCCAAUCUCUCUGGUGCGCCAGCGAUCAUCCAGCUACUUUGGCCCAGGUACACUCAAGAGUGUCGACCUGUCGCCAAUUGUCAUUGGCAUCGUCGAGAACAAGUUCCCCAAGUUCCUGAUCGCCGAGCCAAAGAGCGACUCGUUCAACUUCUCAGUCAACGGCCCAGGCGCCGACCAGGUCGAGUCCACAGUUCACUCGUGCUUCAACAACAACUUCUACGCCAAGACCGUGUCGACUUAUCCCCACCUGCCUGGCCACCCCAAGCGCGAGGGAGAUCCCAUUUGUGAUCACUUCUGCAUCCAGGUGCAGAGCACCCGUGUGGUGGCCGCCGUGGCCGACGGUUGCAACUGGGGCUCGCGUCCCGCAGAGGCAGCCCUGAAGGCGUCGACCGCAUUCGUCGACUUUAUCUCAAAGGCACUGUCAAACAGCGAGAUCAGAACGGUUCAGGAUGCAGGCAAUCAAAUUCUCUCAGCCUUUAACUAUGCUCAUAACAGGAUCAUCGAGGGCAAGCCAGACAUUUGGGAGGCUGGCACCACCACGCUGCUGGGCGGUGUGAUGGUUGAGAUGGUCGAGAGCAGCCAGACCACCAACGCAUCAGUCACGCAGAGCGCCAACCUGAACAGGUCAAUUCCCAACCCCAACGCGGGCGGCGCAGGUGCCAACAAGGACAAGUUGGCUGCAGCCAAGGACCCCAACACACCACCAUCGCGAUGGGGCUUCAUCUGCGCAAGCGUUGGCGACUGCAAGGCGUUCCACUACAGCCAUUCGACAAAGAAGUUUGCAGAUAUCACCAAGAACAAUCGUGGCAAUGUAGACGAUGCAAAGGACCCGGGCGGUCGUCUCGGACCCUACGUGGACAAUGGACAGCCCGACCUAAGGAACCUCUGUCUGCACUUCCUGCCAUGUCAGGAGAACGACAUCAUCAUUUUGAUGUCUGAUGGCGUGCACGACAACCUCGAUCCACAGUCCAUUGGCGUCACGCCACGCGAGCUCCAGCUGCCGCACGACAACUGGUCUGAUAUGGAGUUUGAGAAGAUCCAAGAGAGCAAGAGCAAGUACAUGCAAGAGUUCCUCAAGAAGAAGAUCCGCGGUCUCCAAGUUGACGACCCACUGUCGGCCAAGCUGGUUGUGGACCGUCUGAUCGAUCACGUUGUGGAGACCACGCGCUCGAGUCGCGACUUCAUGGUCAACUCACCCAGCAAGCCACUACCUGACGACCUGAAGGCUUAUCCAGGAAAGAUGGAUCAUUCCACAUGUGUAGCAUUCAAGGUUGGUGUACAGAGUCUCUAA